AUGCUGGGCAACAUCCUCUUGUCCAUCUCAGCUCUGGGCCAGAUACUCGGGCCAUUCAUCGCUGAUUUCAACGAAACUCAUGUAAUGAAUCCACGAUGGCCUCCUCAUGCACGAUUUCACAAUGGGCAAACGAUGUCGAUGGGCCUCGCUUUAGGCUUGUCUUCCCUCUACUACGCAUUUCGUCCAACCGCCAACGUUAUCGUGAAGCAAGAGUCGAUCAAGACUGCAGCGGUGUUUGGGACGUUAUAUUGGGUCACAGGAUUGAGCGCUAUACUGUACCCAGGCAGCAAAGGAAUGGAUCCGGAGUUUGGUGAAGGUUUCCCACAAUUCUGGAUGUUCUCAAUCUUCGCACUGUGCUCUUUAAUGGGAUCGUAUUUGGAGACCAGACAAUUGAAGAGCCAGACUCCAAAGGUGGAAUGA